AUGGACGAGGCGGACAAAGGUCAGAACAAUGCGUUGUUUGCAGACCUAGAAGAGACAGAUCACGGAUACAUUGGUUCCGACAAUAAUGAACUCCUAUUCUCGGCCGGUUCUGGGAGCAACGAUCAGCAUCAUCUGGGAGCAUUGAAGGAACAGUUAAAAGACCCAUCUAUUCUCCCUUUUAUCGACUUUUCGCAGAUUGCGGGUACCGAAGACCAUCACAAUGACUCAGAACGUGAAGCUCUUGACGCUGAUUCAACGAUCCCAUCUGUGAUAGCAGCGAUGGAAAUGAUGGGCCUUGAUAUGCCCGAGUCGACUCUUCCGGGUAACACGGAGCCAACUUUGGGGACCCAAGAACCCCAAGAGUCGAUCCUUGGACAUAUGGAAGGGAGCAAUGAUUGGUUUCCGUAUACAACAAAGACAAUGUUCAUGGUUGAUCUCCUCGACAGUUUGCCGCGACUGCGACUGUCUGAUGAUCACCUGCAGCUCAUCCUAUGGGUAAUGAAGCAAUGUGGUACUCCGGACGUACCAGGUUUCCGCGAGCUUCGGAACCUGCAGACACAGUUAACCAAGGAUAUUGGCGUGAAAACGACGCACCAUGUGUCGUCGCAAGGAAAUGAGGUGUAUGCGAACGGAGCAUCCUCGACCUUCCGGCUUGACUGGAGCAAUCCCCUUGUCCGCGCACACAUGAAGCUCUAUCCGUCUGUACAGACAAAGAUCAGCGACAUACUUGGUGCAGAGAAAGCCCUGCCUACCGUCAUUGACACCUCAAAACUUGAUUUGUUUCCCUUGAUGUGGGCCAACUGGGAGCGGCCUGCAUGGGCGCAGAAGCACUUCUACAUCCGUGAAGUUGUUGAGUGCUAUGACGGGCGGUUCCUUCUGCUCCUACGUUGGAUGAUUGAGAACGAGGAAGUGUCCGCAGAUGGGAUCGAACUCGCCUAUGAUGCCGCUUCAAAACAAUAUGGCCUGCGUGAUCCUGCAGUCAUUCGGGUGUGCGCGAAGCAGCUGGUUGCCAAUUAUCGGGACUUACAGGGUCGUGGAUAUACUAUCAAGUACGAUGAAACCGUCCCCAAAUGGGCGACGAUCAGUCAUCCCAAACGGGAUAUCGCCCAAGGGAGGCCGAUGUUCACCCUCUACGCCUCAUGCUGGAGUGACGAUGUCUCUGGGAAUACAAGCAAGCAAUAUAAUCCGCACACGAACAUAUAUCUGGCAAAUCUGAACCUACCACACGAGAAGCUCCAACAAGAGUUUUUUGUGCGCUUUCAUUCGACGUCACAACACGCGAGUUCUUCAGAGCAGUUCUGUGCGCUUGAUAAUGACAUAGGCCAUGAUAGAUGGAUUGAGGCAUAUGAUUGCGCACUGAAGCAAGAUAUUCUGUUCCAAGUCCGACCGCAUGUCAAGCCAGCGGAUAACCCUCAGCAGUCGGAGACGUGUUCGCACAUCGGAUUGAAAGGGAAUUACUUCUGUAGGCGGUGCAAAAUUGGCGGCACGGCAGAGAAAAAGGAAUCUGAAGACGGUUAUGAGUCAUUGUUCUCGGCUGGUGAAGCUCGAACCGUGGGCGAGACCAUUAGUGCCAUCAAGUUGCAACUCACAUCAGGAAAACCAGAAUUCCCUAAUGAGAUCUCAUAA